UGGGUUCAUAACCCCAGGCCUGGCGUGGACAGGGCUCCAGGGACACAAGUGCUGGCCCCGGUGAGGGACCAGGGGCCAGGACCCUGGAGCAGAAAACGUGACCUGGGGACAGAAGAACUUGCUGAGCACCUAUGCAGGGACAGGCUGCCCUGAGAGGUCACAGGAUCCAAGACUGGAUUAGAAGGACAGGCUGGGCUCCGGGGGUGUCGGGCUUCAGAAGAGGGUCCGGAGGAGCAGGAGGAGACACUGGAAGUAGUGAGGGACCUGAACGUGGUGUGCUUGGGACAGAAGGGACUGGGGAACAGCCUUAAGGAUACAGAGAUGACUGGGUGGGGUUGUGAGGUGCCCCCUCCUCAGGGACCCUGAGCAAGGAGUGUGAAGGCCAGAGAUACUCCAGAGGCGCCCUGGCCGGGUAGUCUGUACAGGGGCAGAAGAGUGGCAGGACCCAGGCUAGCGAUGAGGCUGGGCACAGCAAGGCGACCAGGAUCAGAGGACCUCACGGCUGGUGGGUGGUAAGGCUCAGGAGUCAACGGGGUCUCGACCUCAUGGGACCGACCUCAUGGGACCCGGUCAAGUACUCUGCCAUGGGGCCAGAGGAGGUGGCAGGUGGGCUCGACAGGCCCAGAAGAGGCACAGCCGGCGGCUCGGGGGCUCCAAAAGCAGAAGGCAGCAGGUCCUGGACGGGUGGAGCGCUAGGGGAGAAGAGCAGGAGGAGGGGGCUCUCUUGGGGAGGCAGGCCCAGGGCCCCAGCCAGUGCCCAGCCUUGCUGGGAGCCCCGGCCAGCACCACGGACGGCACCCAGGAAUCCCGAGUCCCCCUGGACGGGGCCUUCUGGAUUCCAAGGCCCCCCAUAGGUUCACCCAAGGGCUGCUUUGCCUGUGUGUCCAAGCCCCCGGCCCUGCAAGCUCCGGCGGCCCCUGCCACUGAGCCCUCAGCCUCACCCCCCAUGGCGCCCACUCUGUUCCCCAUGGAGUCCAAGAGCAGCAAGACGGACAGUGUGCGGGCAGCGGGUGGCCCCCAGGCCUGCAAGCACCUGGCCGAGAAGAAGACCAUGACGAACCCCACCACCGUCAUCGAGGUGUACCCGGACACCACGGAGGUGAACGACUACUACCUGUGGUCCAUCUUCAACUUCGUCUACCUCAACUUCUGCUGUCUGGGCUUCAUCGCCUUGGCCUACUCCCUCAAACUGCUGCAAAGUGCCUGGUCUUAUAUUCAGGUCUCUGGUCCAUCUCGAGUCGUCUUUUGUGCAGUCUGAGCUCAGGGACCAGUCUCAGUCUUCUACGCGUGGACAGCCGGUUUUCCCUGCCCCACUUGUUAAGGAGGCCGUCUUUCUCCAACGCAUGCUUUUGGCCCUUUUGCCCAGGAUCAGAUGACUGUGUCUGCUUGGUUGGUCCCUGUGUGCCCUGCUCUGUUCCUUUGGUCGACAUGUCUGUUUUUAUGCUGCAUCAGACUUUUUGUCACUGUGGCUCUGUCAUAUAAAGUCGGGUAUCAUGAUGCCACCAAGAUGGCUCUUAUUUCUCCUUAUAUCAAGGAGAGAAAAGGACAGGCCAAUACCUUUGAUGAACGUUGAUGCAAAAACAAAACAUUAGCAAACCAAAUUCAAAAACACAUUAAAAAGAUCAUACGGCAUUGCAAGUUGGUUUCAGGGUUGCUUUGUCUAUUCUGUCUUUUGUUCUUCCACGUGGACUUCAGGUCUGUUUUUCUAAUUCCGAGAAGAAUGUUAUUGGUAUUUUGAGGAGGAUGACAUUGAAUCUCUAUAUUGCUUUUGGUAAUAUGAACACUUCAACAGUAUUAAUUCUGUCUCUCCAUGAACAGGGAAAGUCUUUCUGUCUUCUUCAAUUUCCUUUUUCAGAGUUCUGUGAUAUUUUAUGCAGAAGUCUUUCGCCUAUUUGGUUAUAAUCAUUCCUAAGUAUUUUUUAGAGGUUACCAUAAAUAUAAUUGUUUUCCUGAUCUCUUUCUCAGUGGAUCCAUUAUUGGUGUAUAGGAAAGUCGUUGAUUUUUGUAUGUUGAUUUUAUAUUUUCUACUUUGCUGAGUUGAUCAGCUCUAGAAGUCUGGUGGAGCUUAAGGGUCUUCUAAGUGUAGGAUUUUAACAUCUGCAAAGGGAUAAAUUGACCUUUUCCUUUCUAUUUGUAUCCCUGUAUUCCUGUCUCUUACCUAAUUGCUAUGGCUAAAAUUUUGAGUAUUUGUUAAGCAGGUGUUGGGAGGUGCACAUCCUUGUCUUGUACCUAAUUUUAGAGGAAAUACUUCCAGUUUUUCCCCAUUCAGUAUAACCUUGGCUUUAGUUUGCCAAGUGCAAUGUUCAUGAUGUUGAGGUGAGUUCCUUCCAGUCCUAGUUGCUUCUGGGUUUUUAUCAUCAGGGCUAUUGAAUUCCAUCAGGGGCUUCCUUGGUAUUAAUUGGGGUGAUUAUGUGACUUUUGUCCCUGGUCCUAUUUAUGUAGUGUAUUUUGUUUAUUGAUUUGCACGUGUUGAACCAUCCUUGCAUUCCCGGAAUGAAACCAACUUGCAAUGGCGUAUGAUCUUUUUAAUGUGUUUUUGAAUUUGGUUUGCUAAUGUUUUGUUUUUGCAUCGACGUUCAUCAAAGGUAUUGGCCUGUCCUUUUCUCUCCUUGAUAUGUCCUUAUCUGGAUCUGGUGCAAGUGUGACCCUGACUGUAUGGAAUGAACUUCUCUCCCUUCCUAGUUCAUGGAUUAGCUUGAGGAAUCUUGGCUUAGUUCUUCUUUGAAAUUCAUCCUUCUUCUUUCCCACUCUCCUCUCUCCAUCUGAUUCGCAGCCCCUCACCGUCCACCUGCCCUGUCUCCCACUGCCCUUCCCUUACCCUCCAACUAGCUCUUCCACCCGCCUCCCUCCUUUCCCUGUCCUGGCUCCCUGCAUCCAGUGCUGCAGGUGCAUCCUUUCGUCCUCCUUCCUCUCCUUCCUCCUUUGGUUCCUCCUCCCUCCUGCCUUCUCCCUCCGUCCACCCAGCCGCACUUCCACCUUGUGCCUGUCUACACACCCACGCCCCCGCAUUCUUCCCCAGCAAGGUUCCAGGUCUGCCCAAUGCACCACCUUGCGGUCUGGGCCUCAGUCCGUCCAAGUGUCCAUGUGCUCACCUUUCGUCCUUCAACAGCCCCAGCUGGCUACUGCAAAGGCCUGUGUCCCUCCUCACCACCUCUCUCCCUCCUGCUCUUGCUCCUCCUAGGCUUUGGUUUCUGCUUUCGGUAGCUCAGACCUGCCCUUAAUGGACUGUGUAGGAGAAGGGGGACAUCCUAAGACCCACCCUGGACACAGGCAGCCCAUUGGAAAUGGCACAGCUCUGCCCUCUGCCUCCCCAAGGCAGCCUGGCCUCUGCCCCUCCCACUUUGGUUCCUCCCCAGAGGCCCUGGGUCCCUGCCUGUCCCCUGGGCAGUGCCCCGUCUCAGGGACAGGCGUAGCCCCCAGCCUCCAGUUUCCCUGCCCUGAGGCCACCUUCCUUCAGCUUCCAUCAUGUCAGACUUGCCCGGAAGCAAAUCUGAAGAGGUGUUCCUGGCACCGCGCCCCACGUGUCAGCACGUGUCCACUCCCGCCCCUCCGCCCUCACUCUGAAUCACUGGGGGAGUCUCGCCCGUGGCCUGCUCCCCAGACAGGUGUCUCUCAUGGAGGGCUGUGCGUCCUCACAGGCAGUCCCUGGCCGAGGCCCGGCUCACACCCCACUGCAGCCCUCCCGCUGGACCCUGUGCCGCUGCCCCAGGGCUGUGAUCUCACCCCCUCUUCUGG